GAGCACGUUUGUAAACAUCAUGUCGUAAGGUCACUUUAGCGAAGAGGCUAGGUUGGAUUGCGGAGACUGGGGUAGAUUUCACAUCUAGCGCAUUCAUUUGAUGUAAUGAACAUAAAAAGGCAAUACCUCUGGUGGAAACAUAAUGAACUCGACGCCAUAUUAUCAAGAAUCAGAACAAGAUCCACUUUCAGGUGUCUUCUUUUAAACUUUGCCUCUGGUGCAGAAUGUAACUACAAUUCUCCAUUUUCAAAAUCGCCAUCGGAUCACCGAACAUUAUCUUCAUCACGAAGCAUAUCUCAACCCCUCACUAUCGGGGAACUACUUCAUGGAAAUUCCGGUCGAAUAUAUCAAAUAGAGAAAAUCUUAUGCGAGAGGUCAAAAGCUACGCUGUGUGUUUAUAGAGCAAGGUGAUACAAAUACUCACAACUUCAACCUAUCAUCCAAUAAAUCACAAAGCCCAUUUUUAUAUCCAGCGCGGAGGGGAGAGAAUUCGUCGUCAAAAACUGUCUCAAGGGUGAUUUUGAAUGUCAACAAGAGCUUCAGAGACGUCUAGCUUCACAUCGCAAUUUGCGGACAUUCGUAGAUACUAUUCCAGAUCUCGAACUAUUUGUCUAUCAUUUUCUCAAGGACAAUCUUCUUCAGUUUUGCCAGAGAAAUUUGCCUGUGGAGAUUAGGAAAGGUAUUCUGAAAAGCUCUCUGAUUGAAUUGGCUGAAUUGCACGAUAUGUCCAUCAUUUAUGGAGGUAAGGGGAUGUUUCACGAUAUAUCAAACCAAACAAUAUCCUUCUUGACUAGAGGAGACAGCUAACAAGCUUCUUCACGUCACAAGCGUCCGCGUCUCGGAUCUGGAAGAUUCUGUUAUUCUCUCUCCUGGCGCAGGAAUAGUUGGCGGCGAACUCGGCAAACAAUUUUGGCGCAGCCCGGAAUCUUGGUGCAAAGCAAAGCAAAGCGUGUCUUCUGACAUCUUUUCUAUGGGCAUAGUUGCCAUCUAUAUUAUGGAUAAACAGAUGAUAUCUUAUGACGGUUUGAAAAGCGAGGAUUUUGUCGACGGCGAGGCAUGGAACCAAAUUAUAAUGAGGCAUAUCUCAUUUUUCUGGAUUCAAGAUGACUAUCUGGAAUUUCUAGAUCACAUCGGGGAGGAUAAUCCGUUUUUCGAUCGUGUCAUCGAUAUGGUCAAUGAAUUUAAGGGUCCGAUGACACCUGUUCGAAAAUGGUCUUAUCUUGAUGCAAAUUUUAGAGAUCUGGUUGUGAAUAUGGCGAGGUUGGAUCCUUCAAAUAGGCUCAGUGCAAGGGAGGCUUUAGAACAUCUAUUCUUCGGCAGUGACAAUACUUAAUCCAUAGCUACCGGCGAGGUGAGAAUAGAUUUUGGCAAAAUACCCAAGAUAUCAUCAUGAGAAUCUGUAGAGGUAGAAAAUUACCAGGUAGGUACUGCCUGAGUGAGGCCUGUCAAAAAUUGUUCUAUAAAGUUUCA